CAAGCGGUAUGAUAUAUCUAUAUAUCUUGUCAUAAUCCCCGGAAUACAUCAGUAGGUUUAUCGUUUCCUCACGGAUGUAUUUGACCGCGGCACACACAAACACUUCAUGUGCCGCUAGAGCUGCUGUGUGUGGCUGGAUCUCACGCUACUGUCAUGGCUAAACCCCGUGGGUUCGAGUUCUGGAGGGGCACUCUGAAGGGUGCGCGCUAUGUGGUGGCACCCAUGGUGGAGCAGAGCGAGCUGGCCUGGAGGCUCCUGAGCCGCAGACACGGCGCAGAGCUCUGCUAUACUCCCAUGCUGCACGCACAGGUGUUCGUCAGGGAUGCCAACUACCGCCGAGAGAACCUGUACAGCGAGCUCAACCAGGAGGACCGACCCCUCAUCGCACAGUUCUGUGCCAAUGAUCCAGAGGUGUUCAUCCAGGCCGCUCUACUUGCCCAGGAUUACUGUGAUGCCAUCGAUCUGAAUUUGGGUUGUCCUCAGAUGAUUGCGAAAAGAGGCCAUUAUGGUGUGUUUCUUCAAGAUGAGUGGGACCUUCUUGAGAAAAUGAUUAAACUGGCCGAUGAAAAGCUCUCUGUGCCCAUAACUUGCAAGAUCCGGGUCUUCCCAGAGAUUGAGAAAACCGUGAAGUAUGCCAAAAUGCUGGAAAAGGCUGGAUGCCAGCUCCUCACAGUUCAUGGGAGAACUAAAGAUCAAAAGGGGGCUUUGACUGGGAUUGCAAGUUGGAAGCACAUCAAAGCUGUACGGGAGGCUGUAAACAUUCCCAUUUUCGCCAAUGGGAACAUCCAGCACCUGAGCGAUGUUCAGCGAUGCAUGGAGGAGACUGGAGUACAAGGGGUCAUGAGUGCAGAAGGGAAUCUGCACAAUCCUGCUCUGUUCGAAGGCCGUAGUCCACCUGUGUGGGAGAUGGCUGAGGAGUACCUGGAGGUUGUUGAGAAGCACCCACCCUGCAGUCUGUCUUGUGUCCGUGCUCACGUCUUCAAACUGUGGCACCACACCUUACAGAUACAUCAAGAUCUGAGGGAGGAGCUGGCCAAAGCGAAAAACAUCGCUGGGAUUGCAGAGAUCAACAGACAGCUGAAACAACGUUGCCAGGAGGAGAUGGCUAAAGAUGAAUCCGAAUGGACUCGGACUGGACUUCCCUUCCCUCACUGGAUCUGUCAACCCUACGUCAGACCACCGCCUAAGGAUCCAAACACUGAAAAUGGGCAGAGAGCCACAGAAACCAAAGCUGUGAGUGUAAAGAGGACGCUGGAGGACAGCGAGGGACCCAACGACUCGCUCUCCAAGAACAAGCAGAAGAAGCAAGCCCGCAACCCCCACAAGAACUUCUGUCCAGAGCUGAAACCAAAAUACAUCAAGUGCGAGCAAUGUGGAAACCCUAAAGGGAAUAAAUGUGUGUUCAGCUUGUGCCGUGGCUGCUGCAAGAGGAAGGCUUUCAAGGAAGUGGCUGAUUGUCCUGGCCAUGGAUUGAGAUUCAAAACCAAGGCUUUAAAACAGUCUAACUCUGAUCCAGGUGAUGGGCUGAUGAAUGGGAAUCCCAACACUCAGACAGUUUCCACUGCGGCCCAUGAUCCACUGUAAAGCAGACUGUGUAGUGUAUGUGGACAACAGUCACGUCUGAAAACACAUAGAACUGGUUUACCACUAACUUAACAUUGCUGCACUGAAUUAGUGAAUUAGAUUCACAAGACUGCAUUUGUGGCCAAACCUGGUUUUUCACUGUUGACGUGUGACUUGGAUCCAUAUGACACCAAAUGAACUAAACGUGCAAAGAAACAGAAAAGGAAAGAUGAGUGCUACUCUUACUUACACUAGAUCAUCUGUAGAGUCAUUCUUUUCUGUAACAAAGUACCACUUUCUGGACUGCUGUCGGGUGAAUAGUUCCAUAGUCUUAAUAAUUGAAGAUCGUUUAUUAGAGUAGCAUAUUUUGAUAAUUGCUGGGCACGUGGUAUAUGAAGCAGCCGCUCUGAAUGCACAAUCCUGUACUGCUCACCUAAGAUAGAGGAGCUGGACUUUUAUUUCGAGACGUUCGGUGGAAAACACCAACGGACAGCUUCUCUCAAACUGUAUUUUUUACUGUAUUUAUUGUCUUCCAAAAUGAGAAAUUGGGCAUAGUUGUAUGUUGCAACCACAGACAAACAUCUUUGACUUUUACUGCAU